CAACGAGUAGUAUAGGAAGCAGGGUGACGCGCGCAUGCAUGCGCAUUGCGAUUGCGAUGGAUCAUCGUCAAGACGCCGGCGAUGGCGAGGAGGAGCGCCAGCAGCAGCUGGGUGAUCUGGAGACCGACAAGGAACCGGUGCAGAAGCAAGGGCAGCUAUCGCCGUCGUCCUCGUGGCGGGCUGCGGCGGCGGCCAGCAUCAGGGAGAGCCUAUCCCGCUCGCUCUCCUCUCUCAGCCACCAGCAGGAGGAGAAGGACGACGACGAGGUGGAGCUGAGGUGGGCGGCCGUCGGGAGGCUGCCCACCAUGGACAGGCUCCACACGUCGCUGCAGCUCCACGCGGGCCAGCGGCAGGUGGUGGACGUGCGCAGGCUGGGCGCGGCGGAGCGGCGCAUGGUGGUGGACGCCCUCGUCGCCAACAUCCACCGGGACAACCUCCGCCUGCUCCGCAAGCAGCGCCAGAGGAUGGACCGCGUCGGCGUCCGCCCUCCCACGGUGGAGGUGCGCUGGCGCGACGUCCGCGUCGAGGCCGAGUGCCAGGUGGUGCAUGGGAAGCCGCUCCCCACCAUCUGGAACGCCGUCGUCUCCGGCCUCUCUUCGGUGAGCACCAUGGUGGGCCUGAACCGCCAGCGAGAGGCCAGGGUGCGCAUCCUCCACGGCGUCAGCGGCGUCGCCAAGCCUUCCAGGCUGACGCUUCUCCUGGGCCCCCCUGGCUGCGGCAAGACCACACUCCUCAAGGCGCUCGCGGGGAAGCUCAGAGCCACCGGUCUCAAGGUGACAGGAGAGAUAGAGUACAACGGCGUGGAGCUCAACAAUGGCUUCGUCCCGGAGAAGACGGCGGCUUACAUCGACCAGUACGAUCUUCAUGUCCCUGAGAUGACUGUCAGAGAGACCAUCGACUUCUCUGCAAGAUUCCAAGGCGUUGGCAACAGAGCUGAGAUCAUGAAGGAGGUGAUUAGAAGGGAGAAGGAGGCCGGGAUUACCCCUGACCCUGAUGUCGACACUUACAUGAAGGCGAUAUCUGUGGAAGGUUUAGAAAGGAGCAUGCAAACAGACUACAUUAUGAAGAUUAUGGGACUUGACAUAUGUGCUGACAUAAUGGUGGGUGAUGCAAUGAGAAGAGGCAUUUCAGGCGGUGAGAAGAAGAGACUUACCACAGGAGAAAUGAUAGUAGGACCCUCAAAAGCACUCUUCAUGGAUGAAAUAUCAACUGGAUUGGAUAGUUCCACCACAUUUCAAAUUGUUUCUUGCCUUCAACAAUUGGCUCAUAUCUCAGAGUCUACUAUACUAGUCUCACUUCUUCAACCAACACCAGAGACAUAUGAGCUUUUUGAUGAUAUUAUUUUGAUGGAUGAAGGCAAAAUUGUAUACCAUGGACCUAAGAGUUGCAUUAUGGGUUUCUUUGAAUCAUGUGGAUUCAAGUGCCCUGAUAGAAAAGGCGCCGCUGACUUUCUUCAAGAGGUAUUAUCCAAAAAGGACCAACAACAAUAUUGGAGCCAUAGUGAAGAAACCUACAAUUUUGUUACCAUUGACCAGUUAUGUGACAAGUUCAGAGUGUCUCAAAUUGGUCAGAACCUUGCUAAGGAGAUUUCAAAGCCUUGUGAUAAAUCAGAAGGGCUUAAAAACGCCUUGUCUUGUAGUAUCUAUUCAUUGUCCAAGUGGGAACUUCUCAAAGCAUGUUCCGCAAGAGAGCUUCUCCUCAUGAAACGGAAUGCCUUCAUCUACAUAGGAAAAUCUGUUCAGCUUGCACUUGUUGCCGCAAUUACAGGGACGGUAUUUUUGCGCACACAUAUGGGCGUUGAUAUAGUUCUUGCUAACUAUUACAUGGGUUCACUCUUCUAUGCACUCCUCCUACUGAUGGUGAAUGGAUUCCCUGAGCUUUCCAUGGCAGUUAUCAGACUUCCGGUCUUUUACAAACAAAGAGACUACUACUUCUAUCCUGCAUGGGCUUAUGCAGUGCCAGCUUUUAUCCUAAAGGUUCCAAUCUCUUUAGUUGAGUCAAUAGUUUGGACAUCAUUAUCUUACUUUCUCAUUGGCUAUACUCCCGAGGCAUCCAGAUUUUUUCGUCACCUUCUUAUCCUCUUCUUGAUUCACACUGGAGCAUUAUCGAUGUUUAGAUGUGUCGCCUCUUACUGCCAAACAAUGGUGGCUAGCAUAGUGGGUGGUACAAUGGCACUUCUACUCAUCCUUCUAUUCGGGGGUUUCAUCAUUCCUCGUUCAUCCAUGCCUAAUUGGCUGGAAUGGGGAUUUUGGCUUUCUCCAUUAUCGUACGCUGAGAUAGGGUUAGCUGAAACUGAGUUCUUAGCACCAAGAUGGCUAAAGUUGACAGCAUCUGGUGUGACACUUGGAAGGAGAGUAUUACUGGAUAGAGGGUUGAAUUUCUCAGUCAACUUCUACUGGAUUUCAAUCGGAGCAUUGAUUGGGUUUAUUUUUUUAUGUAAUAUAGGUUUUGCUAUUGGCUUGACAAUUAAAAAGCCUCCAGGAACUUCAAGAGCAAUUAUUUCUUAUGAUAAGCUUAGCAGACUUAAUAGAAGAGACCAGUGUGUGCUUGUGGAUACUAAAGAUGGGAUAAAUAAGCAACAAGAAAAUUCAUCUGCUCGUAGCGGGACUGUCAUAUAUAUUGCAGGAAGGGUGGUAUUACCUUUUGUGCCCCUUGCAGUAUCAUUUAAAGAUGUGAACUACUAUGUAGAUACACCUGCGGAAAUGAGGGAGAAAGGAUACAUGGAGAAAAAACUUCAACUACUCCACAACAUCACAGGAGCCUUCCAGCCAGGAGUCCUUUCAGCACUCAUGGGGGUUACAGGGGCAGGGAAAACAACCUUGCUUGAUGUUCUUGCUGGGAGGAAAACUGGUGGUGUUAUUGAAGGAGAUAUAAGAGUAGGAGGUUAUCCUAAAGUUCAGGAAACUUUUGCUAGGAUCUCAGGUUACUGUGAACAAACUGAUAUUCACUCCCCGCAAAUCACAGUGGGAGAGUCAGUUGCAUAUUCAGCCUGGCUGCGCCUUCCAACAGAAAUUGACUCCAAAACACGAGAUGAAUUUGUCAAUCAAGUUCUUGAAACAAUUGAGUUGACUGAAAUAAGAGAUGCUUUGGUUGGAAUGCCAGGAAUAAAUGGACUCUCAACAGAGCAACGAAAGCGGCUCACAAUUGCAGUUGAGCUUGUAUCCAACCCUUCAGUCAUAUUCAUGGAUGAGCCAACAUCCGGCUUGGAUGCAAGAGCCGCUGCUAUUGUCAUGCGUGCGGUGAAGAAUGUUGCAAAUACAGGCAGAACAGUUGUGUGCACAAUUCACCAACCAAGUAUUGAAAUAUUUGAGGCAUUUGAUGAGCUAAUGUUGAUGAAAAGGGGUGGACAGUUGAUCUAUGCUGGGCCGCUGGGAUACCGUUCAUCUAUACUCAUCAAAUAUUUCCAGGCAAUACCUGGGGUACCAAAGAUCAAGGACAACUACAACCCAUCAACAUGGAUGCUAGAAGUUACUUCAACAUCUUUGGAAGCUCAACUAGGACUCGAUUUUGCACAAGUUUACAUGGACUCAUCAAUGUACAAGGAAAAAGAUGAGCUUGUAAGUCGUUUGAGCAUACCAACUUUGGGUUCAAGUAACCUCCAUUUCCCAACACGAUAUCCACAAAAGUUUAGGGAGCAGUUCAAAGCUUGCAUCUGGAAGCAAUUUUUAUCAUAUUGGAGAACCCCUUCCUACAACUUGGUACGGAUUGUGUUUAUACUAGUCGCCAGCAUUGCCUACGGGGCAUUAUAUUGGCAGCAAGGCAACAUAAAUAACAUACAUGAACAGCAAAGUCUAUUCAAUAUAUUGGGAUGCAUGUAUGGCACCACUAUAUUUUCUGGCAUCAACAACUGUCAAUCAGUGAUGCCAUUCGUUUCGAUUGAGCGAUCUGUCGUGUACAGAGAAAGGUUUGCAGGAAUGUACUCUCCUUGGGCUUACUCCUUGGCACAGGUCACUAUGGAGAUUCCUUAUGUGCUUGUGCAAAUAGUGUUGUUCAUGUUGAUAGCUUACCCAAUGAUAGGGUAUGCAUGGGAAGCAGCAAAGUUCUUCUGGUUAUUGUAUACCAUGUUCUGUACACUGCUCUACUUCCUCUAUCUUGGAAUGUUGAUGGUGUCGGUCACUCCAAACAUCCAAGUGGCAUCCAUAUUAACAUCUUUGUUCUACACCAUACAAAACCUCAUGUCUGGAUUCAUUGUGCCUGGUCCACAAAUACCAAAAUGGUGGCUCUGGUUGUACUAUACAUCUCCCAUGUCAUGGACACUCAAUGUAUUCUUCACCACCCAGUUUGGGUAUGAAGAUCAAAAGAAGAUUGACGUAUUUGGGGAGACCAAAUCUGUUGCAGCAUUCCUUAAAGACUACUUUGGUUUCAAACGUGAAUUGCUACCACUGUCAGCUAUAGUUCUAGCAGCCUUCCCAAUAUUCUUUGCCGCUCUAUUCGGUUACAGCAUUUCAAAACUAAACUUUCAAAGGAGAUAAAUUAGUAAACAAUCAAAAGCAAAAUAGUGCUUGCAUAGUGCAACAUAUAAAUUUAUGCACAUGUAUUUACAAAAAGUAAAUUUUGUUUUGCCCUCUGAUACAAAAGGUCAAUAUUAUGUACAUUAGAUAUGUGCUACACUGCUAAUUAUUAGCUUGUGUUUGGAAUAAGUGGUUGAGUAACAAACAAUGCAUAUAGAAUGGAAUGUAUUAUGUGGCAUGUAUAAAAUACAAAUUGUAUUCAUCAUAUGUAAUUGCUUGAAAUAUAUUUCUCUUCAUUUCUACA